AUGUUAGAAAAUAAACAGAAUACCGAGUUGAUAAGUCAGGAACAAUCAAAAAUCGAAGAAUUGAUUAAUGACUGUAGGCAAAAAGAUAAGGACUUAAUGCUAAAAAAAUCCGAAGUUGAAAGAUUGAUUCUGGAAAAUAGGCUGAAUACCGAGUUGAUAAAUCAGAAACAAUCAAAAAUUGAAGAAUUGAUUAAUAACUGUAGACAAAAAGAUAAGAAUUUUACGCUAAAAAAAUCCGAAAUUGAACUAUUGAUGUCGGAAAGUAAACAAAAUACCGAGCUGAUAAAGCAGAAACAAUCAAAAAUUGAAGGAUUGAUUAAUGACUGCAGACAAAAAGAUAAGAGUUUGAUGCUAAAAAAAUCCGAAGUUGAAAGAUUGAUGCUGGAAAGCAAACGAAAUACCGAACUGAUUAAUCAGCAUAAAUCAAAAAUUGAAGAAUUGGUUAAUGACUGCAGACAAAAAGAUAAGAGUUUGAUGCUAAAAAAAUCCGAAGUUGAAAGACUGAUGUUGGAAAGUAAACGAAAUACCGAGCUGAUAAAUCAGCAUAAAUUGAAAAUUGAAGAAUUGGUUGAUGACUGUAGACAGAAAGACAAGAAUUUGAUGCUAAAAAACUCUGAGGUUGAAAGAUUGAUGUUGGAAAAUAAACGAUAUAUCGAGCUGAUAAAACAGAAACAAUCAAAAAUUGAAGAAUUGGUUAAUGACUGUACACAAAAAGAUAAGAACUUGAUGCUAAAAAAUUCCGAAGUUGAACGAUUGAU